AUGUCCCCCCCGCGUCCCCUGCCUCGCCCUCUGGCCCAGGAGCCCGGUUGGAGCCUGUCUUUUGCCGGAUGUGGCUUCCGGAGCCUGUACUACCUGGGGGCCCUCAGUGCUCUGCUGGAGGAGGCCCCUGAGAUCGUCCUCGGGGCCGAAUGCUUCAGCGGAGCCUCGUCUGGGAGUCUGGUGGCAGCUGCUCUGGCUGUGGGAGUGAGUCUGACCUCCCUGGUGUCGGAGCUGGUCCUGGUGGCCUCAGAAGCUCGCUCUCUCCCUCUCGGGGUCUUCAGUCCGUCCUUCAGUCUUUUGAAACGGCUGCGUGGCGCUUUGAUGAGGCUCCUCCCCCUUGAUGCCCACACACUUGCCUCAGGCCGUCUGUGCGUGUCCAUCACCAGAGUGCAUGAUGGGAAAAACCUGAGAGUGACGCACUUCAGCAGCCGCGACCAGCUCAUGCAGGUUUUAUUGUGCAGCUGUUUCUUCCCCAUUUACUGUGGAUUCCUCCCUCCAUCUUAUAAAGGAGAGUGGUUCAUGGAUGGAGCUCUGUCUGAUAACCAGCCUCUCUCUGAGUUCACAAACACAAUACGAUUUUCUCCAUUUUCAGGAGAAUCAGACAUUUGUCCAAAAGAGAGUGGCUUCUCCCCCAUCCAGGUUUGUUAUGGAAAUGUGUCGAUUGAAGUAAACACUGGGAAUGUUCACAGAGUUUGGACCUCCUUCCUGCCCCAGAGUCCACAGGUUCUCCUGGAUAUAUGUGAGAGUGGAUACACAGACGCUCUGCUCUUCCUCUCACACUCAGCACAGGGUUCUGCUCGCAGCUCUGAGCACUCACUGAAGACUGGACCAAAGACCGGACCAAAGACCGGACCAAAGACCGGACCAAAGACCGGACCAAAGACCGGACCAACGACCGGACCAACGACCGGACCAACGACCGGACCAACGACCGGACCAACGACCGGACCAACGACCGGACCAACGACCGGACCAACGACCGGACCAACGACCGGACCAACGACCGGACCAACGACCGGACCAACGACCGGACCAACGACCGGACCAACGAUCGGACCAGCCAAGCCGAGCCAUGUUCUCCCAGAGGACUUCAGGCGAGUCCUGACUGCUGACUCUCUGGACCUUCCCCCUCCCCUUCUACUCUCUGGUGCUUCUGCCGUGUUGACUCCUGCUCCAGCUCUGUACAAGUCUCCCAAGCCCCGAGUCCAGACCAGAGCCCAACCUGAAUCCUGA